AUGCUUGAAAUAUCCGUGAAGACAGCACAGGUGCCCAGCCUCAACUUUACAUCCUUCCAGAAGAUGGCAUCGGAAAAUAUGAUUCUCGGCCUCUUUUCCGGGCUUCCUUACGAGAUCCGGGAGAUGAUUUGGAAAGAAUUCUUCCCGACCAGUCGACAUCAACAUCCCUUAAUGUCACAGAGGCAGAAGACAGACCUCAGUGUCUUGCGUGCAAAUCGGGCCCUAUACGAUGAAAUAUCAACGCUGCUUUACAAAAACUCUUGUCUAACAUUCACUCUUACUCCUGCAUACGUGUCAUGGGCCGUGGUGACCCUUGACCAAAGCAAAGAGCACUCAAACGAUAGACAUAUCGGCGCAAAACCCAUUUGGAGUCUAGAAAGUUUGGCCGAUGCCAAAUCGCGAGGCUUUGACAAUCUUCCGUUUCAUAAAAUUGAGACGGUGAAUGUAAACCUCCACCCACCGAAUCCAAGAAAGAAGGGCGAGAUAUUCUUCCUAUGGCGAAAAGUCACCGACCUUGUAACCAUUUUCAAAAAAGCAAAACGCAUCCACGACCUCACUAUCUGGCUUAAGAAAGGUAUCGAUGGAGAUUGGGUUGACAAAUGGAUGAAACCGCAUACAAGUGCCUUAUAUCAAAUCGACCAUUGCCGUUGUGACCACGAUGUCGUCUGCUUGCCCUUCUGUACCUUGCGAAAUGUGGAAGAGAUAUGGAUCGAGACCCACUCAAAAGAACUAGAAGAUGCGAUUGAUUGGCGAAUAAUCAAUGUGGCUAUGCACACCGUCUGGGACAGGUGCUGGGAGUCCGUCCCUUCUUCCAGGGAUUAUAAGAUCUCAGGUCACGAUGUGGACCGGGCUGUGGCCGCCGAUUACUUCUCAAUGCAUGUUGACCUAUGGAAAAACCCGAUGGAACCAGAAGCCAAUCUAGCACGUCGAGAUUUCCUGAGUACGUGGUUCGAACAAGGGAUCUCUGGCAAAUCCGAAUUUGAAAGCCAGGUCCUUCGAAUUACGAUCGACUACCCUGAGAUCAUCAAGGCAUAUGAUUGGGAAAUGGAAUUUCUAGAUUAUAUGCAUACUGCGAUGGUAUGUCUAUACCUCCACAUGAAGUCGCUACGCGGCAAGCUGGAGGAUCCAGAGUAUUGGGAUCAAGGAGUUUGGAGCUCGGUCUUCCCCAAAGGGAUCCCAGCGAUGGAUUCUGACGAGUACUGGGAAGAGUUGUACCCCGAGUUUAUCGACCGCGAUCUUUACCUGGAUUAUAUGGACAAGAAUACUUUUCUUUCCACCAUAGGCAAACUCAUUUGGAAAUGGCAAGAUGAGCACCCGAACAUGGACUAUGACGCACAAUCAUCGGAUGACGACUGGGACACGAAUUCGCAGUUCUCAUGUGAGAAUUGCCCAGGCUACAAGCCAGGGGUUGGGAAUCGCUAUCGCCACGUCUUCUUGCGAAGAGAAUGACUCCACUCCAAAUAGCCGCUCCUCUAUCCCUGUUCAACUCUUUCUCAAAGCUCCAGGUCU